AUGAUGAAUAUUUCAACUGCGACAGUGUCACCAAACAUCCCAAACGCAAAAGGAGUAAACGGCCAAGCAAUCGCACAACUUCUCCCUUUAGCCUUACUGAUCAUCGUUGCAAAUGGCUUGGUUUUGACUUUAUUUUCAAAGAGAAGGGAGCUUCACACACCACCAAACUACGUCCUUUUAAGCUUAGCUAUUUGUGAUCUAAUGAACGGGCUUGUAAACAUCCCACUUUUCAUCAUCGUUGCGUUCGCACCAGUCAUCGCCUCUGGUGAGGUAAAGUUUUACCUGGUUUAUCUAGUUGGCGUUCUCCACCAUCUGACUGCGAUAUCGGCUUGUUAUCACAUUCUUGCAGUGACCACCGAGAAAUACCUGGCAAUAAUAUGGCCUGUAAGACACCGUUCGAUAAAAGUAAAAAAAGUUGCAAUAGUACUUAUAAUUAUUUGGCUGGUGUCCGUCAUUGUAGCAUUUAUUCCUUUUUCUUGGCUUCACCUGGAAUUCAGAGAUAUUCAAGCAAAGUUCUCGCUGGCGCAUAUUGCACUUUGUCUCGUAGCAGUCUUUCUGCUGCCAUAUUCAUUCAUGAUUUACGCUUUUGUGGUUAUCUUCAAAAAGAUUUCAAGUCCAAGCAAAAUCAAAGACAAUGUUUCUUCAAGGCCACACAUAAGUCGUCGACAAGCUGCUGCCGAGAAAAGGUGCUUGAUAUUGUUUGCUUUAAUGGCGACAUUUUUCCUGGCCUGUUGGCUGCCAUGGUUUAUCUUAACACUGUUCCAUAGGAUCAAACACGAGAUCAAAGUGGAUAAUUUGGAAAUUCCCUCGCAUGUAUUCGUUCUUGUCAGAUACACUUCUUCAAUCUUCAAUCCUUUGUUGUACACUUUCUUCAGGCGAGAUUUUAAAACGGCGUUGAAAUCUUUUCUUAAAAAGAAAACCAACGAAGAUUUUCCGAUGCUGCCUCUUUUUGAGAAUAAAAACACUUAA